AUACACAUGAGAGAAGAAUUAGAAGUAGCAGCAGUAGUAGCCGAGGCAGCAGCAGCACAAAUAGCUGAGGCAACAGUAGCAGCAGCAGCAGUAGAAAUAGCCGAGGCAGCAGCAGCAGCACCAACAACAACAACAACAACAACAACAACAACAACAACAACAACAACAACAACAACAACAACAACAACAACAACAACAACAACAACAACAACAACAACAACAACAACAACAACAACAACAACAACAACAACAACAACAACAACAACAACAACAACAACAACAACAACAAUAUUAGCAGCUGCAGCAGCCGUGGGGGCCCCGUCGCCAUGGUGGCAAAGCGGCUUCGGUGUCCGGUAGUUGCAAGUAGUUCCACAACACUUCCU